AUUUUCAUAUUUUUUUCUUUCUAUUUGAUUCCACCGAGGAGAAUAUUUGUGUUCAAAAUAUAAGUGCGAUUAUGAGUUUCAACGUUGAUGAUCCGCUUGCUGGGAUUCUCAGUGAUGGUAGUGAUGACAGUUUUUUUGAUGAUGAUAUAUUAGGUAAAAAGAAACCAGCUAAAAAGAAUAUCACUGCUGUAGACAAGAAAAGUGCUUUAUUCGAUUUAGAUGACAGUACUGAGCCCAAUAUUGAACCAAAGAAAAUUGAAGCUUCAGAGGCUCUCAAUAAGGUUCCCAUGAAAACAAAGUUUUCUGAGAAAAAUAAACUAGACAACCAACAGCUAAAACCUUCAGCAUCCUUUAAAUUAUCGGCUAAUGCUGAUUCUAAGAGAAACGAUUUGUCCCUUUCUAAGGACUUGAACGAAGUUACAGAUAUUAAAAAAUCUCCCUAUAAAUCUAAAAUUGGCACAAGUAAUGAGAAAAUAGAUAUUUUAGAUGAUAUCCUUGGAUCGAAAAAAAGUAACGUGGAACAAACAGAUAAGCGAAAGGGAUCACAAUCUAUACUAGAUGAUAUUUUAGGGAAGCCUUCAAAGGAUUCUACUCAGGUAAUAAAAUCAGCGACAGUUAAAAACCAACAGUAUAACAUUGUAAGCAAAAAUGAUUCGAAGGAUACAUUAUCUUCAAAGAAACAAAGCAAACAACCUUUACCAGUACCUACAAAUGAAAAUGUCGAACAAAAGAAAGCAAAAUCAAGUGAAGAUUGGCUAGGGAUAUUUCAGGAGGAAAAUGAAGAGACCGAAAAAGAUAACUCUGAUAUGCCAUCAUGGUUAGGUGGUAGUAGUGUUAAAAAGACAACACUGGAAAAACGUAGUAAAACGGAAACACAAAAAGCAGUAGUGAAAGAACCUGAUUUACCCAAGCUCGCACCCACAAAUCAGAGUAAUGAAUUGACUGAUCAAAAAGAAUCCACAGAUUUAGGUUCAAUAAAAAUUAGCGAUAAUAUAGAAAAAACACGCAUACUUCCAAAUGUAGAAGUUCAGAUUGAAGAGGACGUCGCGAUGCAGGGUGCGGCGGUGUUUUUGCAGCAGCAGGAGGCGCAGUUAAUGGUGGCGUUGCAAUUAAAAGCACAGGAUGAAAAACUUGCGGAAAUGCAACUUAAGCAGAAGGAAGCACAGCGGGUGCACCGCGAGGCGGCCGCUGCGCAGCACGCGCAACUGGAUGCCAUGCUGCAGAAGCAAGCCAACCAUAGACUACAGAUGCAAGCUAUUAUAAAUGCACAUCAAGAUCGAAUUGCACAAAGAAUAAAGGCACUUUUAGACUCAAAUGAAACAGGAAAAGACGGCGAUAUGAAUGUUGACGGUAAUGAUAAUGCUUCAAAGGAUAAUAGUGAAAGUCCUCGCAAUAAAGAAAAGAAACAAUUACUGCAACUUAUACAGUCACUACAAGAGAAUCACGACAAAGAAAUAGACCUUAUGGAAACAUCUUACAGGAAACAGCUAGCAUUUUUAGAAUUAUCACUAAGUCAAACGGAGGAAAGGAUGAAAGAGGAGAGCGAUAAAGUACUAAAUUAUUACAUGGAGAAAAUUAACUGGUUGGAGGAGCAUCAUGGACUUUAUAAGAAGUGGACGGAGGAGAAUACGGCUUCGCUUAUCGAACGACAUAACGUUGAAAAAGAAAUGUUGAGGCAACAGCACAUAGAGAAUGUGAAAGUAUUACAAGAACAUCACACAGCGCUCAUGGAAAAUAUUAAAAACGCUGUAAAACAGGAACAAGUUUUAAUGCGAGAUUCGGCAGGAUUCUCAUCGGACAUACAAGAGCUGUUGGCUAAUGUUAGAGAAAAUAAACUAAAAUGUGAACAGUUAGUUGAUAAAGUUUCUACCCUAAAUGACAAAACACAGACUGAAGUAGAAAGAAGUCUUCAAGUUAGAGAAACACAAAUUAACGAUAUGAUUCAACAGUUGAAAAAGGAGAGAGAAUAUUUUGAAAAGGAGAAGAGCGAAACCAAAGACACGAUCCAUACAUUAGAAGUUAGGAUAAAGCAAAUGACAACGAUGAUCGAAGAAGAUACGGCAGUAUUGAGACAGAAGAAAAUGGAAUUUGAAUUCGAAAAAGCUACAUUUAGUAAACAAACAGAAUUUGCUAAAAACGUACUGAAGAAACAAGACGAAGAAGUAAAGAUGUUAAAGGAAGAAAUACAGAAGGAAUACAAAGAGAAAAUUUCCCUAAUAGAAGAAGAGAAGUCGAAACUGAUGAAAGACAGUUCGCUUGUAGCGAAAGAAAAAGCGACCGUACAGAGUCUCAGGAUGGAAUUAGAAAAGACAAAGGCUGAGCUUCAAGCGCAGUUAGAAGAAAUGUCGGAGGAGAGGUCGAAAUUAGGUAGAGAGAAACAAGACUUACAUAUGGAGGAGCAACGAAUAAUUGCAAAGGGUAAGGAUUUGGAUUUGCUCACAAAAGCAGCAUUAGAGAAACAAUCACAAGCGGAAAAGAAGUAUUCGGAAGCUGAGAAUCAACAGAGAAGGUAUGAAGAAAGGAUGCAUAAACUGCAAGAACAUAUAGUUUCUCUUAACACCAGGGAAAAGCAAAUAGCUAAAGAAAAGAUUGCAUUAUCCCGUGAAAGGAUCAAUCUUCAUAACGAUUGGAAGCAAAUGGAGGGUAAACAGCAAUGUUCUUUAUGUCGUUCUAUACCGAGAACUCCACAGUAUAACUUCGAUGCAGCUUUUUCUAGAAGUUACGAUGCGCCCGCGUCUAGAGAUUACGGUGAAGCGAAUAUGAGCAAUGCAGUGAGUGCAAUUGAGCAGGAAAUGGCGCAUCUUAUGGGAAGAUCAUUCGCUUUAAAACAUGACACUGCGAUUGAACAAAGGAUGUCAACUGUAAGAGAUAAUUUUGAUAGUGUUCAUACGGAUACUGUGCCAUCUGAACCUGGUGCUUUUAAGGAUUACAUGGAUCCAAAGUUUAUGAUGUUACGUUUGGACGUACAGAAGGUUAUACACAAUUUGGGCGCCAAGGAAGGUACAACGAACAAUUAAAUUUGUAAGGAUUAUAAUAAAUGAAAGACUGAAUUUAAAGUAUUAUAACUCAUUCAUUUAAUUCACAUUCGCUUGUUAAGGAUUAAUAUUGUUUGCAGGUCGCGUUGACGUAACGCAAAUGCUAAAUAGUGAAUACAUGCUAACUUAUUUCAAAAAUAUUUUGACGUAAAAAAUAUAAUUACAC